AAGGAAAUGCGACGAUAAACUCGAUGUCGAAGGAAACGCAUGCGGUAAGAAUAUCAAACGUUUCGAUUAAACCAUUUCUUGUGUCGCAGGAAAACACGUAUGCCGUUCCUAAGCGGUCUAAUAUGAAAGUCUCGUUUAAAACAUUUUUUUUUGCGGCGAAGGCAGGCGACGCGAUGAUCUCACCCGCCAAAGUUUAGUUUAAACAUUUCGCAAAGCGAUGAUGUCAUGCAUCCGCUGCCGCACACCGACGACGCGGCGGGCAAUGAUAUCAGCCAGUUGUCAAACGCGACGGCGGCGGUACGCCUGAGUCAUCGCACACAAUCGCGCUGCAAUUUACAUUCACGCCGCGACCAACGGUCGAGUUUCGAAGCGAAGCGGCCCCAUACGACGACGGUUUGGUUAGGUUAGGUCGGUAACUACGACCAAUUUUAUCAGCGGGUCGCGUUAUAUUGCGGAAUUCUCGCCAACACAAAUCUUAAUUAUUCUGAAGGAACGUUCUCGAAUGUAAUUUUAAAUUCAUUACCCCAGAAAAAUUGGCUAAAUUAACAAGUGACCGCCGCCAUAGUGAGACUUCAUUCUUUGGAUUUUUGUUUGUGUUUCACCACUUAAAAAAGCAAAUAAAAAUGUUCACCUGCGAAUAUUGCAACCGCUCGUUCAGCCGUAAAGACCACCUGGCGAGGCACGGGGACUGUCGCGCAGCAGUACAAAUUUGUGACGUUUGCGGCGGGAUAUACAAAUCCGAGGGGGCUCUCCGACGCCAUAAACGCGAGAAGCAUGAGGUUCCCAAUUCGAAAAGACCCGCCGCCGCCCCUAUUGCUGCAGACGAACCCAAGCGCCCGAGACUUGACCUACCGGAAGCUUCGACAUCAUCAUCAUCACCAUCAUCCACGCGCCAUUGUACGCAGUGUAACUUGACCAUUCCUGCAAUGAGAUGGCAAGGACACUUGCGUACUUUGGCUCACCGCCAAAAAUGCAGCGUGGUGCAGGAGCCAGGAGUAGAAAUGAUACAGACCUCCUUCCGUAACCGCAUAGUUACAUACCGUCUGGCGUCCACCAUUAACCCUACCGACGUUAAGGGCUUCUUGGACCACCUUAGGUCCAAAAUCCUUACGUUGGUAGAGUCGAACGUCCGACGCUACGGCAACGUAAAAGUCGGUAUGGAGCUAUUCGGAAACUUCCUCUUGCAGACGAAGGAACAAGAGGAGGUCAAGUCCUUCAAUACCAAAUAUCGGCUGGUGAGCGGAAACACCGAUCUGGAGGAGCUAUACGUCCAGUUCGUCGACAUCUUGGCUACCAAAGCGUCCGAGUUUCAGGAAAGGGACAGCGGCUGGGCGUUGGAGGAACUUCUCCAUUUAGAAAUAGGGAUUAACAAGUACAAUCCCCUAAGGGCGUCGUCCUAUGUUAACCUGCCCAAGGAAAUCGAAGCCAAAAAAGCUGUUUUGAACUUGCAAAAUACGCACGAAAAAUGCUUUAUGUGGUCGAUCUUGGCUGCUCUUCACCCAAUUCACUGGACAAAUAACGCUAACAGGGUCAGUAACUAUGUAGAAUUUCAGAACGAGCUGGAUUUUACAGGUAUCGAUUUUCCCGUUAAACUUAAGGACAUAUCCACUUUUGAACGACUUAAUGAAAUUUCGGUCAAUGUCUAUGGCCUCGAGAGAGUCUAUAACAAAGUCCGUAAUGAUGUUGAGGUCGUUGGUCCUUUGCAUUUUACUGAAUCUCGUAAAGAGAGACAUGUAAACCUAUUAUUAAUUAGUAAUGACUAUGGAGAAAAUCAUUAUUGUUUAAUAAGAAGUAUGUCUCGGUUGGUUUCAAAACAAUUAACUAAAAGGUCCUCUGCAAAGUUUUUAUGCGAUGGGUGUUUGGUUUAUUUUUAUAACGAAGAAAAACUAAAGCGUCAUAAAGAACACGACUGCACUCACAUUUCCAUCAAACUUCCGACCACCGAAUUGCGCAAGGAUAAAUACGGUAAAGAUGUUCCCGCGAAUAAGCUGAAAUUUGAAGAAUUUGAAAAGAAAUUAAAAGUUCCUUUUGUUGUGUACGCGGACUUUGAAACAGUCAUGACUCCUUUACAGGUGGAAGGCGAACCGAAUCCCGACAAAUCGUUUACCGUCAAAACUCAUAUUCACGAGCCUUACUCUUUCGCCUACUUUGUCAAAUGUGACUUUGACGAUUCCCAGUCUACUUUUAAACAGUACAGAGGUCGGGGCGCACACAAAAUUUUCAUUGAAUGGUUGGAGAGCGACUGCAAAGCGCUCUACAACAAGUUCAUGAAAACUUCCGUGCCCAUGACCACUCUAUCGUUUGAACAAGAGACCGGCUUUCGAAACGCUGUGGCUUGUCACAUUUGCGAGAAGCCAUUUAAUGCGAAUUUCGAUGUGCGGCUCACUUCACUUGCAACUUGA